AUGAAGGCGAAAAAAUUGGGCAAGCGUGCUGAACAAGCCGCACGUGGCGCCCAAGAUUACACGAAUAACCUAAACAAUAACAACAACAACGAUGAUGCACAUUCACCCAGCAAAGCGAAUUCGAGUAAUGGCUCUAACGGCAGCAGCACCUCACACAUGUCUACAACGAAUGGCAGCUGCCUCACAAGCAACGGCAGUGCAACAACCUCCUCCAAUGGUGGUGCUACAAAUAGCGGCAACACGAACAGCAGCAGCAACAACCACAACACCUCACCUUCCACACGUCCCACACUCUCACCCGCUGAGCAUGCCGCAGCCGCCUUGGCACAUCAUGCCGCCGCAGCUGCGGCUGCACACCAUGCGCACUCGCAUCAUCAACAUGGCCACCAUCCGCAUGUACAUUCGCACGCCCAUCAUAGCCACCAUCCACAUCAUCCGCAUCAUGCACACCACCAUCCACAUGCGCACCAUCACCCCCAUCACGCUCAUCAUCCGCAUGCGGGCGCCACACAUGAGGCAUUCCUCAAUGGUGCUGCUGCAGCAGCGGCGGCAGCGGCCGCUGCCAUGGGAAGUGGCAUACCCGGUGCCGGAAGUGUUGUGGGCGCACCUAAUGGCCUGCUCGGACAUGGUGGAGAUCCUAGCGUGCUGCUCGGCGGUGCUGGUGGCGCCGGGAUGAGUGGUAAAAAGAAGAAUAAACGUCGACAUGGGCGCACUAUAUUUACGAGCAAUCAACUGGAGGAGUUGGAGAAAGCUUUCAAAGAGGCGCACUAUCCGGAUGUGAGCGCACGUGAAUUGCUCUCGAUGAAAACGGGGUUGGCUGAGGAUCGCAUACAGGUGA